AUGGACUCAGCAGCCAAGGAUGAAAUGCAGCCCGCACUUCCCCCUGGCUCUUCCUGCCCAGUGCCUGAGUGGCCAGAGCAGGAGAGGGCAGAGCGGCUGGCCCGAGGUGCCGCGCUCAAGUGGGCCUCGGGCAUCUUCUACCGGCCGGAGCAGCUAGCCCGGCUGGGCCAGUACCGCAGCCGUGAGGUGCAGCGUACCUGCUCCCUGGAAGCACGCAUCAAGUCAGUGGUGCAAUCAUACCUGGAAGGCGUGCAGACUGGUGUGUGGCAGCUUGCCCAGGCCCUUGAGGCCGUGCAGGGGACCCGUGAAGCCCUGAGCCAGGCCCGUGAGUUGCUCUGGGGUAUAUCCAAGUCCUCACAGACCUUGGAGGCCCUGCGGGAGCAGGUUUCCCAGCACAAGCAACUGCAGGCCCUGUCUCAGUUGCUGCCCCGGCUUCAGGCAGUGCCAGCUGCAGUGGCCCACACACAGACCCUGAUUGAUACCCAACGGCUCUUGGAGGCAUAUGUGAGCCUUCGAAAGCUGGAGCAACUGCAAGAGGAGACAUGGGCACCCCUGGGGGGCCUGGAGUUGCCAGUCUUCCAGGAGCUGGGCCUUCUGGCUGAGGCACUGGCCCAGGCUGUGGAGGCAGCUGCAGGGGCAGCAGGGCAGCUGGCACGGGAGGACCCAGCCCUGCUGGUGGCUGCUGUGCGUGUGGCGGAGAUGGAGGCUGGACGAACAACCCACCUGGGGCAGGCUCCCCGGGACUGGAGGCAGCGCUGUCUUCAGGCACUACAAGAAGGCCUGGAGCGGCUCCACUUUGGGACAUCUCUGCUGCCUGGUCCAGGGGCUCUAGCAGAGUGGCUGGAGGCUCUGCGAGUGGCCCUGCCAGCCGAGAUGGCCACAGCUGAGGCACUAGUAGCACCCUGCUGCCCGCCACACUACAAAGUGGUCCAGUUAUGGUCCCACACCCUGCAUAGUGGCCUGCGCCGCAGACUGCAGCAACUCCUCGCAGGGCCUGAGCUGGGGGCUGCUGAUGCCUUUGCCUUGCUGCAUUGGGCACUGCAUGUGUACCUGGGGCAAGAAAUGAUGGGGAGCCUGGAGUUGGGGGCUGAGGCUGACGUGUCCCAGCUGGAGCCCCUCCUAACCUUGGAGAAUGUCGAGCAACUAGAAGCAACAUUUGUGACCAAAGUCCAGGCAAGUGUGGCCCAGUGGCUGCAGAAGGCGCUGGAUGGGGAGGUAGCUGAGUGGAGCCGGGAGCAGGAGCCCAACACAGACCCAUCUGGCUUCUACUACUCACCAAUGCCGGCCAUCGUGCUGCAGAUCCUGGACGAGAACAUUCGUGUGACCAGCGUGGUCAGUGAGUCACUGCAACGGCGGGUGCAUGCCAUGGCACUGUCAGAGCUGGGUGCCUUCCUGAGGAGCUUCAGUGAUGCUCUGAUCCGAUUCUCCCGAGACCACCUCAGGGGGGAAGCAAUGGCCCCUCAUUAUGUGUCCUACCUACUGGCUGCCCUCAACCAUCAAUCAGCACUCAGCUCUUCAGUGUCCGUCCUGCAGCAGGACUGGGUGGCCUCAGGGGCCUUGGCUUCGGUGGAAGCUGGGCUGGACGAGUUGCAGAGGAGGAUCUGUCGUCUGGUGUUGGAGGCGCUGCUCGCGGAGCUCCAGCCUCUGUUCGCAGCUCUGCCCUCGCGCCAGUGGCUGUCUAGCCCUGAGCUGCUGGACGGUGUGUGUGAGCGGACCGAGCGAUUCUGCCGGGACUUCUGGCGCGUGCGGAGCCCCGCGGUUCAGUUGCUGCUGGCGGAGGCAGAGCGCGCCGUGGUGCUGCAGUACCUGCACGCGCUGAUGCAGGGCCGCCUCGUGUGCCGCGGGCCCGACGAGAGGACCCAGGCGGCCGAGCGCCUGCGGCACGAUGCUGCCCAGCUUCGCGAGCUUUUCCUCGGUUUGGGCCUGGAGGAGAGCGCUCACUGCGCGCCGGUGCUGCUGGCCCUGCGGGAGCUGCUGAACCUCCGCGACCCCAUGCUGCUUGGCCUGGAGGUGGCGAGUCUGCGGCAGCAAUUUCCCGACGUGAGCGAGGACCACGUCUCCGCCCUCUUGGACCUGCGCGGGGACGUGUCCCGAGAGCAGCGCCAGGCCGCCCUCAGCUCCCUGCAGGCGGGCCCGCCGCCCUCGCCCCCCGCGGGCCGCCGCGCACUCUUCAGCCUGGUGCUGGCGCCCGCGCCCGCGCCCGCGCUGUCCUCCUGCCUCACGUCGGGGUCCUGCGCCUGA